AUGGUAGGUUUUCUAGAAAAGUUGCUCACCUUCGAUAUAACGAAAUCUCGAUGGAGAAGGAUCCCUUUUGAUGUCACCGAAGAAAAUCCCGCGGGAUACACGGGAAAAUGUGAACGAAGAAAAAUGAAAAGCGUUUCGAAAUCGACCAGACUACCCGACGACAAACGUGGUUUUUCUCGAUCGCGCACUCAAUCACUACAUAUCCUUCCACCUGCGAAUAAAGACAUUCUCGCGAAUGAUGAAGAUGUCUAUAAGCGAAUCGUGAUAAUCACAAGCACUUUCGUUUGUCUUUAUCAAAUAUUUGCAUUCAUGUGCAACACAAACACGAAUGAUAUAAGAUCUACACAGCAAAUUGCAGAAGCGAGAUCUAAAUUGUAG